AUGGCUAAUCGCUUGAUUCAGCAGGAGAGUCCAUUUUUAUGAAUGAUAUUCCCUUAAAUCGGUGUAGUGCAAGCUAUGGAGAUGAUAAACCAGUGCCACUGCUGCCUGCGGCGACCCGCGGCGAAGGAUAUGAAGACUCCGUACACGCGACUCGGAAUGACGGAGAUAUACUUGGUCAUGUUACAAGAAUGCUUUGCAAUUCCUGCAACUUCGGGUGAGGAUUGUCAGAGUGGGAUCUGCGAGGUGUGUGUGGGACGGCUGCGGGAAGCGUGUCACUUCAAGCUGCAAGUGCAGCGCAGCCAGGCUACGCUGCGGAAGAGAUUGGUUAUAGAUCACCGUGUCAGAGAGGAGGAAGUUUUACUGCUGGUGUCCGAAGAUGUGACUUUUGAAGAUCCCUGUCUAGAUGAGGAAUUCUCGGACCAGUCGCCUGGAGAUGACGUACGCAGCGAGUCUCCUUUACUGUCCGCACCUGAUGAUUGCAUAGUAAGCCCAGCACCCCUGUCCCUGCGUGCCAGGCAGCAGCUAGCGCUUUCGUGCUUCGUGCGUCUCGAGCGCCUCCGCGACUCCGCGCGCGCAAGCCCGCCGUGCCCCGUGACGUCACACCGCGAGAGCCCGCCGCGUGACGUGACGUCACACCGCGCGACUCAGCCGCGUGCCGUGACGUCACACCACAAGAGCUCGCCAUGCCCUGAGACGAUACAGCGCGAUAACUCGCCGAACCGCGUGACGUCUCAACGUGACAGCCAGCCGUGCCCCGUGACGUCUCAACGCGACAGCCAGCCCUGCCUCGUGACGUCUCAACGCGACAGCCAGCCGUGCCCCGUGACGUCUCAACGCGACAGCCAGCCCUGCCUCGUGACGUCUCAACGCGACAGCCAGCCGUGCCCCGUGACGUCUCAACGCGACAGCCAGCCGUGCCCCGUGACGUCUCAACGCGACAGCCAGCCGUGCCCCGUGACGUCUCAACGCGACAGCCAGCCGUGCCCCGUGACGUCUCAACGCGACAUCCAGCCCUGCCCCGUGACGUCUCAACGCGAGAGCCAACCGUGUCCCGUGACGUCACACGAGAGCCCGCCACGUGUCGUGAUGCUACAACGUGAGAGCUCGCCAAGCCCCGUGACGUCAGCAGUCGUCGUGCAGCACAAGCCCGCUAACACACCCGACCAACAGACCGACACACCAGAUACACACCUCACACACCACUCUAGUAUAAUCACACAACCGCAUGGAAAGAGCUACAUCUGUGACACUUGUAGUUUGACAUUUACGUCAAGACUUACUUUAAUCCAACACAUCGAAACACACUCGUCAUAUAUAUGCGCAGUUUGUAAAGAAACUUUUCGAAAUAGCUCAGCACUGGAUAAGCAUUCAAGAUUGCACUCCGCAGACAGACCGCACGUAUGCGGAGAAUGCAAUAAACGGUAUGAAUCAAAAUACUAUUUAAAUAUACAUAGAAGAACUCACACUGGACAUAAACCAUACAAGUGUAAUAAAUGUAACAAGCGAUUCGGACGAAAAGAUGUUUUCAAUAGACAUACACGAGCUCACAGUGGAGUUAAAUACCCGUGUAUAGAAUGCAACAAGGAAUAUUCAUAUAUGGAACUUUUACAGAAACAUAUAAGAAAAAGUCACGCUGGAAUCACACCUUAUGUAUGUACAAAAUGUUACAAACAAUUUGAAAGCUCUGAGAAUUUGAGAGAGCACCAGAAAAUACACAAAACUUAUAAUAAAUUUAUUUGUGACCUUUGUAAUAAGGGAUUCAAACAAAAAAACCACUUAAUUAGACAUAGUAGACUUCAUACUGGAGAAAAACCACAUGCAUGUAAAGAAUGUACAAUGACGUAUACGCGAUCAGAUCAUUUAACUGUCCAUUAUAAAGUGGCGCAUGGGCAGAAAUUACUUAAAUGUAAGGUGUGCGACAAGGCAUUUGCAUUAAAGAAACAUUUACUAGUACACGAGGAAAUCCAUAAUGACGACAAAUAUUACAAAUGUAGACAAUGCGACAAACGAUAUAAACGCAAAGAUAGUUUACUGACUCACGAAAAAGUCCAUAGUGUCGCAAGAAAAUACAUAUGUGCAGAAUGUAACGAAGAGUAUGUGGGAAAGAGCUAUUUAAUUAAGCAUAUAAAACGCCAUGCAUUACAAAACCUUACUCUUGUGAAGUCUGUAAGCAGUGUAAGCAAUUUAGACAAAAAUAUUUAAUUUAGCUGUCUGUAACUUCUGUAAGAAUCCACACUGGAAAUAGUUAUUUGUUAUACAAGGGGGCAAAGUUGUAUUUUAACGGCGAGUGUGGAA